AUGGGCGCUGAAGCAAACACCGACAAGCCCCACUCGCACCAUGCCAUCCCCAAGGAGAUCCCAACCGAGGAUCACCUGAAGAACCAUGCAGCCCCUGGAAUCUCAUACUUCACACCCCUCCAGGACCCCCCGGCGGGUACCGCGCUUGGAAUGACCGAUGGCAGCUCAAAGAUCCCCAAGCUCUUCACCCCACUCAAGAUCCGGGGUCUUCAGAUGCAGAACCGCAUUGCGCUGUCGCCACUUUGCCAGUACUCUUCCCAGGACGGCCAUGCCACUGAUUGGCAACUCACGCACCUGGGUGGCAUCCUCCAGCGCGGCCCUGGACUGACGAUGGUCGAGGCUACCGCAGUACAGUUCAACGGCCGCAUCACGCCUGAGGAUGUUGGUCUGUGGAAGGACUCUCAGAAGGAGCCCCUCCGCAGGAUUGUCGAGUUUGCACACGGCCAGAGCCAGAAGAUUGGUAUCCAGCUCGCACACGCCGGUCGCAAAGCCAGCACAGUCGCCCCGUGGCUGAGCAAGGGUGACAUUGCAGGCAAAGACCUGAACGGCUGGCCCGACAACGUCCACGCGCCGUCCGCGAUUGCUUUCAACGACAACCACUGCCAGCCCAAGGAGAUGACGUUGGACGACAUCGAGCAGCUCAAGACCGACUUCAAGGCUGCCAUUGAGCGCGCUGUCUCGAUUGGCUUCGACUGUAUCGAGAUCCACAACGCCCACGGCUACCUCCUCCACUCAUUCUUGUCGCCCGCAUCGAACAAGCGUACCGACAAGUAUGGCGGCUCUUUCGAGAACCGCACCCGCCUGACUCUCGAGAUUGUCGACCUGGCUCGUGCGACCAUCCCCAAGGACAUGCCCCUUCUCCUCCGCAUCAGCGCCACCGACUGGCUCGAGGAGGCUGGCCUUGAGGGCUGGACCGUCGAGCAGACCGUCAAGCUUUCCGAGCAGCUUGCCGAGAAGGGCGUCGAUCUUCUCGAUGUCUCCUCUGGCGGGCUGCACGAGAAGCAGCACAUCCAUGGCGGCCCCGGCUACCAGGAGCCCUUCGCCAAGGCAGUCAAAGACAAGGUCGGCGACAAGAUGCUCGUUGGCACUGUCGGCUCCAUCACCAACGGCAAGCAGGCCAACGGCUAUCUCGAGGACGACAACCUCGACGUCGCUUUUGUCGGUCGCAUGUUCCAGAAGAACCCCGGUCUUGUCUGGCAGUUUGCUGACGAUCUCGGCGUGGAGGGUCGAUGGGCCAACCAGAUCCGCUGGGGCUUUGGUGGCCGCGGUAAAAAGUAA